AUGUGCCACACUGCCAGUAUCACUGCAGCGAUGGCUUCCCUUAGCCAAAUCUUCCUUAUUCUGAUGAUUAUGUCUUCUCCUUUCUGUUAUGGCGGAAGUCGAAAGGAAUUGAGAGAUAAAGAAAGUAUAGGUAAAAGUUAUACAGAGUCAAGUUAUGUUUUUGGAUCCAAAUCUGUAGACCCGAGACGUGUUCUUCAGCUUUCAUGGCAACCAAGGAUCUUUCUUUACAGAGGAUUCUUGUCAGAGGAAGAGUGUGAUCAUCUGAUAUCUCUGGUUGACUCAGGGGAUAUUGAUGGAAAGAAACAGCUCUCGAGUUCUGAGUACAUCUUAGAUGUGCCGGAUCCAGUAGUUGCUGGGAUUGAAGAAAGAAUUUCUGCAUGGACUUUCCUUCCAAGAGAAAACAGCGGUCCGAUCAAAGUAAAACGUUACACUUCUGAGAAGUCAGGAAACAAAGUGGAUUAUUUUGGAGAGAAGACUAGCUCGGUAUCGCUUGAAUCUUUGUUAGCAACUGUCAUUCUCUACGUCUCAAACACAACUCAAGGCGGAGAGCUUCUUUUCCCAAAUUCAGAGGUGGAAAACAAAAAGAGUUGGUCUGACUGUUCAGAGACCGGAAACAUCUUAAGACCAGUUAAAGGAAACGCAGUUUUGUUCUUCACCAGGCACCUAAAUGCAUCAGUGGAUCAGACAAGCACUCAUUUUAGAUGCCCUGUUGCGGAAGGGGAACUGUUGGUGGCGACAAAACUGAUGUAUGCAAAGAAACAAGCAAGAAAUGAUGAUGAGAGUAGUGAAUGCAGUGAUGAAGAUGACAACUGUGGGAAAUGGGCUGAGCUUGGGGAGUGUAAGAAGAAUCCUGUCUAUAUGAUUGGUUCACCAGAUUACUUCGGUACAUGUAGAAAGAGUUGCAAGGCUUGUUGA